AGAUAUGUUUUGGGAAGUUAAUUGUAGACGUGUGUGGGCGGGGCUGUCUUGUAGUCGUUCAGCGCUCGAGCGGGCUAGUUUUCCACCCGUUAUUCCAACAUUAUAAGGCAUUAUAAUGGCGACAACGUCUGGGGGACCGAUCCUCGGGGUCCCCGGGACCAGUCAGAGUCCAAACACCACCACAACCCAAAGGAAAAAAGACGGAAAUCCGUCCACGAUGUACUGGGAGAGCUCCGACACUCUUGCUCAAUUGGAGACAGUGCGACAGUGGAUCGGGAAGCACUAUAAAAAGUAUGUGCAAGCAGACUCUCCAUCCUGCCAGGCUCUGGCGUCCCUUACCAUUCAGCUGUUACAGUUCCAGGAGGAUUUCCUUGGAAGACGGGCCAUCAACCCCACACUGACCAAACUACCUUCUCAGUGCUUCCUGGACCUGCGGGCUGGCGGUGGGCUUUGCCACAUCCUUGGAUCAGUGUACAAGUUCAAGACAGAUCAGGGCUGGAGGAGAUUUGAUCUGCAGAACUCCUCUAGGAUUGAUCGUAACUUAGAGAUGUUCUCUACCUUGGAGAAGACCUUGGUCCAGAAUAACUGUCUGUCGAGGCCUGUUGUAUAUGUGGACCCGGAGGUGGAUCAGAACCUGACAAGCAGACUGGCUGACAUCAUCACCAAACACCAGGGAUCGUAUACUGAGGACAGAACCCAGGCCUCUCACCACGUCUACCCCUGUCCAGGCAUCAAAGACCAAGAUGAGUGGGUGCGCCCCAUCAUGCGGAAGGAGAAGCAUGUGUUGGUGCAUUGGGGCAGACAUCCUGACAGCUAUGACAGUUGGGUGUCCUCUAGUGAUGUCGAGGGAGAGGUCGAGGAACCCCCACACAUACAGAGACCGUGGAGGGUGCAGGCCGGCUGGGUGUUGGACACAGAGGUGUUCAAUGAGUGGAUGAAUGAAGAAGACUACCUGGUUGACGACAGGAACUUUCCUGUCAUCCCCCGUCGGAGAAUCCACCUGACAGACCAACAGGAGCGUAAGUUUACUCCAGUGAAGAAGAGGAGAUGCUCCCCCUCACCGCCUCCUGCUGACGGCAGGAAGAAAGGAGUGAAGAGGAGUGGGGGGUCCAAGCGAGGUGGCCCCAAGGAGGAGGAGGAGGGGGUAGAGGAAGAUCUGACUAAAGAUAUGGAGGAUCCGACACCAGUCCCUAAUAUGGAGGAAGUUAUACUGCCUAAAAAUGUGAACCUGAAGAAAGACAGUGAGAAUACUCCUGUUAAGGGAGGGAUGAUGACUGACCUGGAUGAAAUAGAAGAUGACUCUGUGCUACCUGGAGGAAGGGAGGAUGAAGAAGGCAGAGAGGGCAUGCGUCUAUCAGACGGAGAAGAUCACAUCACAGAACAAACUCACCACAUCAUUAUCCCCUCCUACACUGCCUGGUUCAACUACAACUCAAUUCACCAGAUUGAAAAACGAGCUCUACCAGAGUUCUUUAACGGAAAGAACAAGUCUAAGUCUCCAGAGAUAUACCUGGCGUACCGUAACUUCAUGAUUGACUCAUACCGGUUGAACCCCCAGGAAUUCCUCAGCUCCACCUCCUGCAGACGGAACCUGACGGGAGACGUCUGUGCUGUCAUGAGGGUCCAUGCGUUCUUGGAGCAGUGGGGUUUAGUGAACUACCAGGUGGAUGCUGAAAGCCGACCACUUCCCAUGGGUCCUCCUCCCACCCCCCACUUCAAUACCCUGGCAGACACGCCCUCAGGGCUGGCCCCGCUACAGCACCGCCCCCUACAGGUGUCUGCCUCCCAGCAGAUGUUGUUCUUCCCAGAGAGAAGUGUAGAGAAGCCCCCGGACUGCCAGAACUUUGGUCUCCGAACAGACCUGUAUGCCCGUAAACACCCGAAGAGUAAAGGAGCUGGUUCAGGGAGGGAUUGGACGGAACAGGAGACCCUCUUACUGCUGGAGGCGUUAGAGGUGUACAGAGAUGACUGGAACAAGGUGUCCGAGCACGUGGGGUCUCGUACCCAGGAUGAGUGCAUCCUCCACUUCCUGCGUCUGCCAAUAGAAGACCCCUAUCUGGAGGACUCGGCCUCCUCCCUCGGCCCAUUGGCCUACCAGCCCGUUCCUUUCAGCCAAUCGGAGAAUCCUGUGAUGAGCACUGUGGCGUUCUUAGCGUCCGUGGUGGAUCCCCGCGUUGCCUCCGCUGCUGCCAAGGCUGCCCUGGAGGAGUUUUGUCGUGUGCGUGAGGAGGCCGACAAGGUUCUGGAGUCUUCUGCCCUCAGUGAGACUGAAAAGACAGAAGCGAUGGAUAAUGAGAAGAUGGAUUUAAAUAUAAUGGAGAUGGAUUCCCUGCAGCCUCUUCAGGCGGGUGGCCAGAAGGGUUCCGAGACUGGCGGAGGAGGGAGAACGGCGGGGGAGCACGUGAAGAGAGAGAACGCUGAAAUGACUGUCACAGACACCAGAGAUGGAGAGAGCGGAGAGAACAAAAUGGUGGGGGACGAUGUGAUCGGGGGGAGAUCGAGGGAAGGAGAGCGGGAUGAAGGGAGGAGACGGGAAGAGCUGGAGUUGGUUGACGGGACCGUUACCACGGCAGCGGCUGCGGCUCUGGCUUCUGCUGCUACAAAGGCCAAACAUCUGGCAGCGGUGGAGGAGAGGAAGAUCAAGUCCCUGGUGGCUCUGUUGGUGGAAACUCAAAUGAAAAAACUGGAGAUCAAACUGAGACACUUUGAGGAGCUGGAGACCAUUAUGGACCGGGAGAAAGAGGCUUUGGAGCAGCAGCGUCAGCAGCUGUUGUCAGAGCGACAGAGUUUCCACUCCGAGCAACUGAAACACGCAGGAAUAAAACUUCUACAGCAGAGAGAACAGCAGGCACCGUUCUCCCUGCAACCAGAGACAGGUCAGUCCAUGCCCAGCCGGAUGAUGCCCACUGGGGGCAUGUCUGUCCCCAUGGCCCCCAGGCACCAUGGAGCUCCCAACGGCAUGUACCAACCUGCACAGCCUGAUGGGAUAGCUCCGGCCCAGCCUGGUCCUCCAACGGCAGCCGUACACAGCUUGGGAGCAGACACAUGAGACACAUACA